CGAUCUAUUUUUACAAAUUCGCUGGAUUCGGCGAUCGAUUUGUCGCGCAACGUGCGCAUUUUCCCAACCCCCAUAAGAAUUUUCCUUCAGUUCCCGACCAUAUUGCACAAACAAUUGCACAAAAUCAACCCUUAAUCAUGCCCGGCUCGAGAAAAAUGAUUUUGAAACACGUCAUGUCUGGAAUUUGUUCAAAAAUGAACCGAACCAAACAACUGCCUUCCGACGUGAUGGAGACUCCUCUCAACCGCUGCCUUAACACUUUCGACAUUACCUUAUUGGGGGUGGGCCAUAUGGUGGGGGCGGGAAUUUACGUCCUGACGGGCACCGUGGCCAAGGAUAUGGCCGGGCCUGGAAUAAUCCUCUCGUUUCUUUUAGCAGGACUGGCGUGUUUGUUGUCGGCCCUUUGUUACGCGGAAUUUGGGACGAGGGUCCCUAAAGCCGGCUCUGCCUAUGUCUACACCUAUAUCAGCAUAGGCGAAUUCUGGGCCUUCGUCAUCGGGUGGAACAUCCUCCUGGAGCACAUGAUCGGCGCCGCGUCGGUGGCUCGCGCUUGGUCCGGCUACGUCGACUCCCUCUUCGGCGGCGUCAUCAGCAACACCACCAUCUCCUUCACCGGCGAACUCCACGAGCAACUCCUCAGCCGCUACCCCGACUUCCUCGCCUUCACCGUCUGCAUCGCCUACGCCCUCCUCCUGGGCAUCGGCGUCAAAGGCUCAACCAUGGUCAACAGCCUCCUCACUGUCAUCAACCUGGCCGUGAUGGGCCUCGUCAUCUCCGUCGGUUUCUACUACGCCGACGAGCAAAACUGGACCUCCCAGCGUGGAGGCUUCCUCCCCUACGGCAUAGGGGGCGUCAUCGCCGGCGCUGCCACGUGUUUCUACGCCUUCGUCGGGUUCGACAGCAUCGCCACGUCGGGGGAGGAGGCCAAAAACCCCUCAUUUUCCAUCCCUAUGGCUACGGUACUCUCCAUGGGGGUUGUCACUCUUGGGUACAUUCUAGUCUCAGCAGCCUUGACUCUUCUAGUGCCCUACUACGAGAUUAACCCCAAUGCAGCCCUUCCGGAGGCUUUCAGUCACGUGGGGAUGCACUGGGUCAAGUAUGUUGUCUCUCUGGGGGCUAUUUGUGGCAUGACGACCACACUUUUCGGCUCGCUAUUCUCRCUCCCWAGAUGCAUGUAUGCAAUGGCAGUUGAUGGUCUCCUCUUCAGUUUUCUCGGCAACGUCAACUCGAAAACKCAACUUCCGCUCACUAACCUCGUCAUUUCCGGCCUAUUCUCAGCCCUCAUUGCCCUAUUAUUCGACUUGGAGAAACUAGUCGAGUUUAUGUCAAUUGGUACUUUACUAGCCUAUACUAUAGUCAGUGCUUGCGUCAUCAUUCUGAGAUACAGACCGACCUAUGAGCCAGUCAAACCCGCCUCAACUCCAGCCUCAGAAAUUUCUGCUUCUACCUCAGAAUUAACCACACCUGGAUCAGAAAUAGUGACCCUAGUUGGCACUUUACGAGUCCAGUAUAGUUGGCUGGGGCCAAUUUUCGGGCACUGUGAACCCGGCUCAGUGGUCACAGCUUCAGUUUUUGUCUAUACGACAUUCAGUGCUGCCCUCUGUAUCCUCUUUCAAGUCUCCUCGACRGACCUUAAGAACGGCAUUUGGUGGACUAUAAUUCUAGCKAGUUUCUUCAUCUUCAUCAUGGUYGCAUCCCUGAUGGUCAUUAUUGCCCAUCARCAGAACACCACCGGGUUGAGAUUCAAAGUACCAAUGGUACCAUUAAUGCCCGCUUUGAGUAUUUUGUGCAACAUCGAGUUUAUGGUCCAUUUGAAUGUCCUAACUUGGCUCCGGUUUUUCGUUUGGAUGAUUCUAGGAAUGUUGGUCUAUUUCUUGUAUGGUAUCCAUCACAGCAAGGAAGGUGAAGGCAAUUCGAGUUAUUCCAUCCUGAUGACGUCUUCGGAAGCUGUGAAGGAGAAAUGGGGCUCCACUACGAAAACUAARUUUAAAGGAGCUUUGACCAGAAGGAAAUCGUCAAAUGGCGAUCGAAGUGCCAUUAUUGAUGAGGAGGAAAGUACCGAGUAGGGGAAUUAGGAAUAGGAUAGUCAGGGAAUUUUUUUUGCUUUAAUAAUAACUGGCAUAUCGACGAAAAUUUGUUUUCGCUGGUUAUUCUGUUGGACACAUUGAAAAUCAAAGCAUAGAGAUAUUUAUUGUAAAUAUAACUACAUUGGUGUUAUAAUAAA